AUGGCGGAGACUUUCGCAUUUAACGCGGACAUCCAGCAGCUGAUGAGCUUGAUCAUCAACACCUUCUACUCCAACAAGGAGAUCUUCCUGCGAGAGCUCAUCUCCAACGCCUCGGAUGCUCUGGACAAGAUUCGCUACGAAUCGAUCACCGAUCCAGACAAGAUCGAGGCGCAGCCCAACUUCUUCAUCAAA